CACAGCUUGUCGAUUCAUAGCCCCCUGAUGAAUUCACCGCCAGAUAUAACCUCCAGAUCUACAUGUCUUCAAAACGCGCUAAAAGUGUUUUCAAGUAGUCUUAUACCUACGUUACUUUGGCAGCCAUGCAACAGAAAUACAGUAAAUGCACUUGUUCUUACAGUUUUCCUGAAAUGAUUGUUAUCUCAGAAAUUUGCUGAAUUUACGUUUUCAAUAGAUUUGCACCACCUCUGGGCCGGUAUUUCGCUCAAUUUUCCGAAUAGCUGCUAGCUUAACGCCUGCUUCGGUAAAAAUCUCUUGCCAUGAUUGUAAGACGUGCCGUAAAACUUAAUUUCCGGCGUAUACCAGAAAUGUAUAGAUUCCUUGAGAUAAUUCGAGGUAAGGCUGUUAAUUUUUGGCGAUAUUAAUCCGCGUAUUAACUGAUCACCCGUCGAUGGAAAAGAGAAGCUGCGAAAUUAGCCAAAGGUAUUCAAUAUUGCGUGACUAAUAUGAAAACCCCGGGAGACGAACUGAAUGACAAGGUACAUUGCGUAACAAAAAUACCCCUAAAAUGAAUGCCACUGCAUAGUUUCGCAACAAAAAAGAAGCGUGAACAGUCAGCUAAAGAUCUUGUUGUAGCGUCAUAAGAUUGCAUGCGUUUAACCUUCCGGUGUAGUAAGAAAACACCACGCAGAAGCAUUCAUCACCUUGUCAGAUUGAAUUAUUCUUCGAGAUUGACACCUGCGUCAAAGAUUGACUGUCCUUUGUCCAGUGGUAGACGUCCUCAAUCUGUCUACAAGCGACGCCAGCUGACAACAAGAAGUCACGCUUUUCCUAGUUUCUUUGACUCCGGCGGUCUAUCGCGAUCAUGAUAGUACUCGGCAUUUGUGCGGUCGUAAUCGUGGUUUUUGCGAUAACUGCAGCGAUGAGCGACAAGCUUCGUGAAGCCGUAAUAUCAUCGAAAACCUACAAGAAAGGUUUUGCCGUCCAUAUGAACUUAUUCAGUCGCAUUCACAACAGCGCCGUCAGAAAACACAAAGAGGACAUUUUCGAGAAACUGAAACCAUGCGCGGAAAGUGUUGGAGGUGGCGAUAUUUUGGAGAUCGGAGCAGGAACCGGGGCAAAUUUUGAGUUUUUCCCCGAGGGAAGCUCUAUCAUAGCACUUGAACCAAAUCGUCACAUGGUACCAUACUUGCAGGAAAACGCUCAAAAGUUUCCGCAUGUGCAGCUCAAGGAAAUCGUUCUAGGAUUUGCCGAAAAAAUGGAAGGGAUUCCAGAUGAAUCUGUCGCCGCUGUUGUAUGCACCUUGACACUGUGUUCAGUGAGUGACGUAGACACAACUUUGUCAGAAAUCAAGAGAGUUCUGAAACCUGGAGGUUAUUUUUACUUCUUGGAGCAUGUAGCAGAUGAAACAGAAACAUGGAGGAACUCCCUGCAGCGAAGAUUUGACAAGCAGUGGAAAUAUCUCAGCGACGGAUGCUCUUGCAGUAGAGAAACAUGGACCCACCUGGACAAUGCCGGCUUCAGUACCGUGUCUUAUAAAAAAUUCGACCUAAAAGAACUUAUUGUGCUUUGUUACCUUAUGCGGCCUCACCUAGCUGGGUAUGCCAUUAAAUGAGGUGGCACACAUGGGGUGUGUUGCCCCACGCAAAGUUGGGUGAGUAACGCGCGACCCUCAACAAGACAAACCCUUUGACAUCCACACCAGGGAGAGGUUUCUUUUGGUUCACUAUGUUUUAUCGCUUUUUCACCCCUAGGGAGGGUGCCCCAAACAAAUAUUGACACGAGGUGAUCGUGAUUUUGACCGUAGACUACUCUGAGAACUCGCACUUUGUGUCUUCUCAGACAAUUCGCUCACCAUUAGUGCUUUUUCUCAGUCUUCAUUGGCAUUAACAUAAGACAAAAGGGUUUAAGAAUUUAUCUUACGAACCGUUAGUAGUAUUUUGGUAUCUAAAAUUCACUGAAGAAAACCUCCUCCCAACUGUUGUAUAUAUUUUUAUUUCCUCUUUCCAUGGGAUGUUUUUCAGCGUAGUUUUUUUCUUUUAUCUAGCGCACGUUAAGUAUCUCAGCACACACAAUUUAACUGAUAUAACGUUGACAGUCGUAUCAAAAGGAGUUGAUCAAAGUAGAUUAUUUAUCGUACACGACACAUGUAGCCGCGUAUUUGUAAAUGGUAUGACUCAUAUUAUACUAUUACGCAUGUAGGGAGUUACGACGGGAAAAACAGAAAUACAUCGUCAGAAAUUGUACUUCCUCACCAAAGGGUUUAAUAAUUGUUUACCUUUGUACAUCAAGGCACUAAGUAUACCUCACUAUUUCAGGCGUUGUUUGUAAUCGAUGUCAUUUAAUUUAAGAGAUCAGGAUGUAGUCAUCAAAUUAUUUAUUGCAUAUUGUGAGAACGUGGUGUCAUGCGUGGCUCGCAUAAAUUAUUUUAACGAAAUGCGAGUUACAAUAGCACAGUAGUCUUAUAAUUGAACAAUUCCAAGUUAAAGUUAUAAAACUUUUUGGUAUAGAUUUGUGAGAUUUUUGCAAAUUUGCCUGAUAUAGAAGGCGUAAUUUUCUUCACCGAUUGAUACUCAAGUUACCAAUUUUUCUCUUUGAUAGCAGUUCAGUGCUAGGUUUAGGUACAUUUCGUGGAGAAUAAAUUAAUAAAACGGAAUGUUUGUAAAAAAAACAAAAUAUACUAUAAUCGUUACUGGGCAUAAUUAAGUAGUAAUCUCCUCUGGAACAGAGAGAUUCUCCUUUAAUUCAUUGUUGUCCUUAUUGCACGAAAAGGUAUACUACAUUAUCGAAAAUAAAAUUAUGAAUUCCA